GCGGCGGCGGCGGCGGGCCAGACGCCGGAGCGCUGGCGCGGCCGCGGCCAUGGCUUCGUGGAACGUGGUGUCGCCCAGCAUCGUAGAGUAUUUCGCGGGCGAGGACUUCUACCGCUGCGGCUAUUGCAAGAACGAGUCGGGCAGUCGCUCCCACGGCAUGUGGGCACAUUCUAUGACAGUUCAGGAUUAUCAAGAUCUUAUAGACCGAGGAUGGAGAAGAAGUGGGAAGUAUGUGUACAAACCUGUCAUGAACCAAACAUGCUGUCCUCAGUACACAAUAAGGUGCCAUCCUUUAGAGUUCCAGCCGUCAAAAUCUCACAAGAAAGUUUUGAAAAAAAUGUUGAAGUUUCUGGUGAAAGGGGAGGUUUCCAAAGGAAAUUGUGAGGAUGAGCCCAUGGAUUCUGCAAUGGAGGAUGCUGUUACGGGCGACUUUGCAUUAAUAAACAAAUUGGAUAUAAAGUGUGAUCUUAAAACACUCAGUGAUGAUCUAAAAGAAAGCCUAGAGACUGAAGAGAAGAAGAAAGAAAAAAGUUCAAAGAAAGAAGACUCUAAGGAAUUAAUUCAUUCACAAGCUAUAGAAGAGAAGUUAGGCUCUGGUGAGCCAUCACAUUCAAUUAAAGUCCAUCCAGUUCCUAAGCCAGGCAAAGGGGCUGAUUUGAGUAAGCCUCCAUGUCGAAAAGCAAAGGAAAUCCGGAAAGAAAGGAAAAGGUUAAAACUCAUGCAGCAACCAGAUGGAGCAUUUGAGAGUUUCCAGGCUCAGAGUCCAGCACCAUCUUUGUUCCCAUCAAAGACUAAACCUAACCAGCCCAAAUCACUUGAAGACUUAAUUUUUGAAUCUUUACCAGAGAAUGCAUCACACAAAUUAGAGGUGAGGUUAGUGCCUGUCUCCUUUGAGGACCCAGAGUUCAUGUCGUCCUUCAACCAGUCCUUUUCUUUAUAUGUCAAGUAUCAAAUGACCAUACACCAGGAUCUGCCUGAUGAAUGUGGGAAGACCGAGUUCACAAGAUUCCUUUGCAGCUCACCUUUGGAGGCAGAGAACCCACCUAAUGGACCGGAGUGUGGCUAUGGCUCUUUCCACCAGCAGUACUGGCUUGAUGGAAAGAUCAUCGCCGUGGGGGUGAUUGACAUCCUUCCACACUGCGUGUCAUCUGUCUACUUGUACUAUGAUCCUGAUUAUUCAUUUCUGUCGCUGGGGGUCUACUCUGCCUUACGAGAAAUUGCUUUUGCUAGGCAGCUUCAUGAGCAAGCAUCUCAGCUCUGCUAUUACUACAUGGGUUUCUACAUUCAUUCCUGUGCCAAGAUGAAAUACAAGGGUCAGUAUAGACCUUCUGACCUGCUGUGUCCCGAGACCUAUGUGUGGGUGCCCAUCGAGCAGUGCCUGUCUUCACUUGAAAACUCCAAGUACUGUCGUUUCAACCAGGACCCGGAAGCAGUGGAUGAAGGUGGAAGCAAGGAACCUGACCGGUUGCAGGUGUUUUACAAGAAAGCCAUCAUGCCUUACGGUGUUUACAAGAAACACCAGAAAGACCCGAGCGAGGACGCCGCGGUGCGGCAGUACGCGAGCCUGGUGGGGCAGGCGUGCUCCGAGCGGAUGCUGCUCUUCAGGAACUGACGCGCUCCUGGCC